ACUAAACUAGAAGUGUGGUGGUAUUUAUUGAUGAGACUGGGACCUCAUCUUGCUGCUAAUUUUGAACAGGUUUGUGUGCCUCUUAUUCAGAGCACAAUAAGCAUCGAUUCUAGCACUUCCUCUCGUGUAGCUACUUCUCCUGGUAUGAGUCCUAUGACUCCUGUACCCAAAGGUGCUUCCACUUAUGGAGUUCCUGUGACUCCCCGGAUGAACUUGAUCUCAAAUUUAGGUGGAAUGGCCACAAUUCCUUCCAUUCAGCUUUUGGGACUUGAGAUGUUACUUCAUUUUUUGUUGGGUCCAGAAGUCUUGAAUUUUGCUAAGCAAAACAAACUUGUUUUGAGCUUAGAGCCACUUGAACAUCCCUUAGUCAGCAGCCCUUCUUUUUUCUCCAAACAUGCAAAUAUACUUAUCACUGCUGUUCAUGAUAGCUUUGUUGCAGUUGGAAAAGAUGCUUCUGAUGCAGUUCUCAGUGCUAUCUGGAAAGAGCUGAUUGGCUUGGUCAAGUCAGUUACUGAAUCAGGUAACAAAAAAGAGAGACCAGGUUCUGAGGUUUUGACUGUUUUACUAAAAUCUUUGGAAGGCAUAGUGAAGUCAGAAGUAUUUCCUGUUUCAAAAGCAUUGAUCCUCAUGGAAAUUGCGGUUAAAGGACUUCCCCAGAAAGUAUUAGGUUCACCGGCAUAUCAGGUUGCUAAUAUGGAUAUUCUUAAUGGAACUCCAGCUUUGUUCUUAAUUCAGUUAAUUUUCAGUAAUCUUCUGGAGUGUGGUAUAGCAGAUGAAAAGUUUUUUCUCAAUCUGGAAACACUUGUAAGCUGUGUGCUUUCUGGUCCAACUUCACCACUGGCUUUCAGUGACUCUGUUUUAAAUGUUAUUAAUCAAAAUGCAAAGCAGUUGGAUAACAAGGAACAUCUCUGGAGAAUGUGGAGUAUUAUAGUCACCCCAUUAACUGAAUUGAUUAAUCAGACCAAUGAAGUGAAUCAAGGUGAUGCCUUAGAACAUAAUUUUAGUGCCAUCUAUGGUGCAUUGACUUUACCAAUAAACCAUAUUUUUUCAGUACAGAAAUUUCCAGUGGCUACAAUGAAGACCUUGCUUAAAACUUGGUCAGAAUUAUAUAGAGCAUUUGCCCGCUGUGCAGCUUUGGUGGCAACAGCAGAAGAGAAUUUGUGCUGUGAGGAACUUUGUUUCAAGAUAAUGUCCAGUGUGGAAGAUGAAGACUUUAUAAAUUUGUUGUUUUUGGAUAGGAUCGUUCAUGUUAUUACUGUUAUGGUUGAUUGCAUUGACUUUUCACUGUAUAAUGCUAAAUAUCAGCCCAAAGUUAAAUCACCACAGAGACCUUCAGAUUGGUCCAAAAGGAAGAAGGAGCCCCUAGGGAAAUUGGCUUCUUUAUUUAAACUUAUUGUGAGAGUGAUCUAUUCUUUCCACACUCUGAGCUUCAAAGAAGUACAUUCUGAUACUGUGCUGGCUAUUGGCAUCUCAGUCACCAACAUUAUUUCCAAUGUGCUUGGACAUAUUUCUUUACCUUCUGUAAUCCGAAAAAUAUUUGCAACUUUAACAAGACCUCUGGCAUUAUUUUAUGAAAAUGCAAAGCUUGAUGAAGUUCCUAAAGUUUAUGGUUGUCUGAACAACAAGUUAGAAAAGCUACUAGGAGAAAUUAUUGCAUGUCUGCAGUUCAACUACUCUGGAACUUAUGACAGUGAAUUUCUUGAACAACUCUCCCCACUAUUACGCAUAAUAUUUCUGCAUAAGAAUAAACAGAUUCGCAAACAGAGUGCUCAGUUCUGGAAUGCCACAUUUGCUAAAGUGACAACAUUGAAUUAUCCUGAAGAGUUAAAACCAAUACUGAGACAAGCCAAACAAAAAUUUCUGCUGCUUUUACCUGGUUUGGAAAACGUUGAAAUGAUGGAGGAAUCCAGUGGGCCAUUUUCAGAUGCAACAGAAAAUUCACAAUUAAAUCUGAAGAUAAGUGGCAUGGAAAGAAGAGGAAGUGGAAAAAGAGAUUCUUUGUUGUCACAAACAAAGGAUAAGAAGGAAAACAUGAAACCAUCAGGCAAACUGAAAUUAGAUUCUUCAUCUUCAAAAGUAAAGAAUGACAUGCCUUUAGAAGAAGAAAAAUCUACUGAUUUUGUGUUCAUCUCUCCAGAAGAAAAUGAAACAAAGGAAAGAAUCUUAACUGAACAUCAAAAAGAAGUACUCAAAACAAAGCGAUGUGAUAUUCCUGCAAUGUAUAAUAAUCUGGAUGUUUAACAAGAUACCUUCUUAUCUAGUCAGUACAGUCAAGAAGAGUCCAUGGAAAUUUCUACUUCUACCAAAAAACCAAAGGAAGAUUCCAAGAUAAUGAUUAAGGAGGAGCAAAUUAAGAGUGACAUUGUCAGUUCUCAAGAUGUGAUGGAAAACUGUGGUAUGGAUGAAAAUCUUCAAAACACUCCCCUUUCAAAUAAUGAAUCAGGUUCUGUUGAUGAAACCAAUCCAAAAAUGUUGAGCGUUAAUGAUGCCAAAAAAAGAGCUUUAAUUUCAUCGAAGACCUCAACUGAAUGUACUUCUAAAACAGACAGCUCUUCUAUUGCCAACAGUAGCUCCAUUUCUAACAUUACUAUAUCUGGAACUCCUCCACAGCCUACAAGUCGGAGACAAACUUUUAUUACCUUGGAAAAAUUUGAUGGUUCAGAAAAUAGACCUUUUAGCCCUUCCCCAUUGAAUGAUAUGUCAUCAACUGUUACAGUGAGAAAUAAUCAAGAAUACAUGAGUAAAUCAGACAGUGCAUCAAAGACAAAGAAAAGAGAAGUGACUCUUUCACAAUGUGACUCUGAAAAAAUAGUGAAUGGAAUUAAGAGAUCAGGCCGCAAAUGUAGUAAAGCUGAACAGUCGGGGAAUAAAAGAUCUAAGCCCUUAGUGAGGUCUAAUCAGGAGAAAAAUACUCAGGAAUCUGAAGGCAUAAUAGCUUUAGAAAAUAACCCAGCUUGUUUGCUUAAUCAAACCGAGUGUGUGUCAGAUAAUCAAACUCAUCUUUCUGAGUAUACAGUAGAAUAUGAAGAUGCAAAGCUUAAACCAACAGUAGAAAAUGUUGUAUUAUUAGAAAACAGUACUGUAGAAGAGACAAGCACAGAGACUAAUUUGGAUUCCAAAGAAAAUACACCCCCAGCAGUAAUACCAGCAGAUCAGAUGGUAAAUGAGGAUAGUCAGGUUCAGAUAACUACAAAUCAGAAAACACUUAGGAGAUCAUCAAGACGACGCUCAGAAAUAUCUGAGUCUACCGCUGAUAGCCAAGAUAAAGAAAACAAUCAGAAAAGGGAAAGACGUAGUAAAGAAGAAGAAAAAACUCUGCAGAAGAGUCCAUUUCAUGUUAAAGAUGAUGUGUCGCCCAAGCAAAAACCGACUUCAGAACAAACUGUACAGGAAAAUUUAAUUGAGAAAGACAAUUUACUUGAGAAGACUUUGGGAGAAACCAGUGCUAAUGGUGAAAUUGACCAAAAUAAAAGAAAGUCAGACAUUGAGAAUGUUGCUUCUGAGGGAGAUGGUUCCCAGGACAUUGCAGAUAAGUCCUCUGAUAAACCAUUAAGGGGACGAACACGUUAUCAAACAAGAAGAGCAUCUCAGGGUUUGCUUUCCAGCAUUGAAAACUCAGAAUCUGAUAGUUCUGAGGCAAAGGAAGAAGGCUCUAGAAAGAAGAGAUCUGGGAAAUGGAAAAACAAAGGCAGUGACAGUGUUGACAUUGAAGAUCAAGAAGAAAAAACAGUAAAACAAGAAUGUGUGAAAGUUGAAAAUCAGACAAAUGAUUGUAAAGCAAGUUCAGAAGUCGAUUCAGAUAUAAAAUCUCAGAUUUCUGAAAAAGAUGACAGUACUGUAAUGCUUCAAGAUUCUACAGUAUCUUCAGAUUUAUCGCAUAUUUCUGAUGAUGUACCCAAUACGCAUGAAGGGAAAAGUAAAACUACCAAAUGUGAAGAAUAUUACCUUACAAGCCCACCUGUGCCAGAAUCAAAUCUGAGGACUAGGAAUGCCAGUAAAAGAUUACAUAAGCGAGAUUCUGUUGAUGAUAACACUAUGGGAGAAUCUUCAAAAACUGGGACACCAGACAUUCCUUUGCUUUCUGAAAAAAGUCUACAAACCCUUGAAUGCCAACAUAAGAGAAGCAGGAGGGUGAGGAAAUCUAAAGGUUGUGAUUGCUGUGGGGAAAAGUCACAGUCUCAGGAAAAGUCAGUCAUUGGGCUAAAGAAUACGGAAAAUAAUGAAAAGAUUAGUGGGAUAAAAAAGAUUGUACAAACAGCUGUAACUGUAUCAGAAACUUCUCAUCUGUAUUCUGAAGCAAAAUUUGUUGAUGAGCAUCACAAUGUGAAUUUUCAUUUUGAUCUCAAGGAGGAGAAUGAUACUGCUAAUGACUUACUAGUUGUACCUGAAACUGACUUGAAAGCAAGUGUUAUUCAAGAAUCUCUUCCUUCUCAAGUAAAUUUUGAAGAGAGCAAUAACAGUGUUCCCAUUGAAGUGAAAAAUGUUGAAAGCCAAGAGCCAGCUAAUAAAAAAUUUAGAUCUGUUGGACCAUGUAUAGAUGAUCCCAAGAACAUUCAACAGAAAUGUUCCCCUUUUGAAACUGAAGAAGAAAAACUGGAGGGUGUCCCCCAAAAAGAGUCAACCAUUGUUAAUGACAAGAAUGCAUAUAAAGUAAUGGCAGACUCUAAUCCAGAGGAAAUGGAAGCUAUGAAAUUGGAUGGAGAAAACGAAAAACUUGAAGUUAGUUCCUCUGAGCAAGAGAAUGCCAAAGCUGAUUUGGUUGGAAAGGCAGCAGUAGUAGAAAAUAGUGAACGAAGUGAUGAAUCUGAACCAGACAAAGCUGAGAUACUGAAUACUGAAAAAACUGAAGCUGAGGGAUUUAAUGUGAGUAUUGGUCUUUCUGAGAAUACACAUAUAAAACUGGAUGCUCAAAACAAGACUCCUGAACAAUCAGUUGACGUAGGUGGAGGAAGGGAUGAAUCUAAUCAAGGCUCAUCUGAAGAGAUAAAUGCCAACCUGGACAGCUGUGAUGAAACAGUGAUCAGUGAGGUGAAUGCUGAAACUGACCAUGUCAAGGAAAUGGAGGACAGAGACAUGGUUAUGAAAAUCUCUAAUCCUGAAGAAGCUGAAAUAAAGAGGUUGAAUGUAGAAACUGACGCUGUUCCUGAUGCACUUGAAAUGAAUGCUGAGGAACAAAAGGUUGACUCUGAGAAAACAGAAACAAAUAAUGAACUUGAUGAACAAACGAAAUCAGAUGACAAUCAAAUGGUCCUGGAAAAUGAUACUUUACAGGAUGUUCAUCACACUUCAAAGAAAGUGGAGGAACCAUUACAGUCCUUGACAUCUGAAACUGCUGUCUCUGAACUGAUAAGAGAAGACAAUAAUGUGUCUCCUCAAAAAUUAAGGGAACUUGAUCCUUUACUUAUGUCAGCAAAUGAAAGUCCAAGUGGCAUGCAGACUCGUUGUGUGUGGUCUCCUUUGGCUUCUCCAUCCACCAGCAUUUUAAAGAGGGGACUAAAAAGACCUCAAGAGGAUGAAAAUUCAUCACCUGUUAACAAGGUUCGCCAUGUCUCCUUUGCAGAUCCAAUAUACCAAGCAGGAUUGGCAGAUGACAUUGAUAGACGAUGCUCUAUUGUUAGGUCCCAUCCUUUAAAUAACUCUCCCAUUGCAAAAAGUGUUAAAAUUUCACCCACUGUACAAUCUAAGCAUAAUACCACUUCAACCAAAGGAUUUCUGUCCCCAGGAUCACGUAGCCCUAAAUUUAAGAGCUCAAAGAAGUGUUUAAUUACAGAAAUGGUGAAAGAAUCUGUGCCAUGCCCAACAGAAAGUGUUUACCCAGCGUUGGUGAACUGUGCAGCACCAGUUGACAUCAUUUUACCUCAGAUUACAUCGAACAUGUGGGCAAGAGGCUUGGGACAACUUAUUAGAGCCAAGAAUAUAAAAACAAUUGGUGAUUUGAGUACUCUUACAGCUUCAGAAAUAAAAACUCUUCCUAUCCAUUCUCCAAAAGUGUCUAAUGUAAAAAGGGCACUCAGAGUAUAUCAUGAGCAGCAGGUGAAGUCUCAUGGACUAGAAGAGAUUCCAGUUUUUGAUAUUUCUGAAAAAACAGUAAAUGGAAUAGAAACUAAAUCUUCAGAUGAUGAAAGACUUGCUUCAGAUUUGGCUGAUCCUGUUACUUUAGAAACUCCAUUUUCUAAAAAUCUUAUGGCACAAAUUAGUGCUCUUGCUCUUCAGUUAGAUUCAGAAGAUCUCCAUAAUUAUUCAGGAAACCAGCUAUUUGAAAUGCAUGAGAAACUUGGUAGUAUGGCAAACUCUAUAAUAAAAAAUCUGCAGUCACGUUGGAAGUCACCAGCCCAUGAAAAUUCUAUUUAGUAUUUCAAGAGAAAACUGAAGCCUCACUGAAUUUCUUCUUGAUUGACAAAAUAAGUUCAGAAGUAUAGCACAAUUUCAAAGAGACUGUUGCAAAGAUGGUAAUGUUUCAAGUUUCAAAACACUGAGGGGCAAUAUUUUAUUAUGUAAGUUAGAUUUGUA